UCUCCCACGCGCCUGUGUCUGCGUCAAAUCUCACGCGCUCUCUGUUUAUCUCAUUCUCUCUCUACAUAUUCUCUCUCUCUUGUCUCCACUAUAAAACCUCGUGUUCCCUUCUUCCCAUUCUGCACCGAUAUCUCACAUUAUUUUCAAUAUUGCCACUGGGAGAAAAAAAAAGUAGCCCCCAGAAAAAACAGAAACUAUGGGUGAUUUGUUGGCUGACGAGGAGGAGAGGCGAACUCGGGCAGACUCAACCGAUAAGAAGCGAGUCAGGGACGAGCUGGGCGAGUCAGACAUUGACUCGCCCGAGGUGAAGCGGUUGAGGGACGACUUACUCGAUGUCCUCGAUGACUCGGACCCUGAUCCGGCGAGUCAGGAACUCGACUCGGUCAUGAAGAGCUUCGAGGACGAGUUGUCGGCGAUGACGGGGCAAGGUUCCGGCGAGACUCAGCCGGAUCUCGGGUACCUUCUAGAGGCUUCCGACGACGAACUCGGCCUACCUCCGCCUCCGGCGCUGCCGCAUGAUCCAUCGUGCUCCGAAUCGAAGGACGAGGAGACGGUGACGGAGUUGGUGCGAGCCUCAUCGGAUUCGUCAGAGGUCGGUGAGUUCUGGGAAUUUGAGGACCAGAUGACGAGUUGCGGCUCAUUCGAACUAGGUGUCGGUGACGGAGACGGCGGAGGGUUUGUGGAGGUCGAUGAGCUGUUCGAAUAUUCCGACUAUUGUUUUGAUUCCGGCGAUGUGUUGCCUUUGCGGCCGGAGACUUUGCCGUCGGCGUAAAAAAAGAGAUCGGAAAAAACAGAUUAGGAAAACGGCGUCGUAUUUGUAAAGCGUUUGUUUUUUCCUAUCAUUUUUUUAUAUGAGAGAUGGGACUGGAAAUAUUUGUAUAUCUAUUAAUUGAAAAAAUGUAUGUUUA